UGGAGCGCAAGCGUCAAAUGAAUGAUUACACAGUGCGCUUAGAAUACGGACAUUCCUGCCGUUUGUUGUUGUAAUAUAACCUACAAAUCCGACUCGAAAAUAUUAGUGUUUUUGCCUUAGGUGAUAAGUUUAUGUUGAAUUUUAUGGACUAAUGGAAUUAUCAGCGAGGGUUUAUUACGGAAGGGACGUUGACAGUCAAUAUAGUUGAGAAGUGAAGGAGUGCAUUCAGAUCGCGAUACACUAAAAUUCCAUUAGUUUCAUAUGGUAAUUGGCUUGCCCAUUGGAUAGAUGAGGAGAAGGACGCAGAUGAAGUCAAGGCUGUUGUGAAAGAGAGGGCUAAGAAUGAAGCAUUAUGACCUGAAAAGAGCGCUGCUGAUAUUUUCCCUAUUCUGCAUCAUCUUUUUCGUAGUCCUCUUUUGGCAACAGAACUCUUCGGUCGACGAAGUUGCGCAGCUAUUUCCCGUCUAUAAAAAGGUCCCCCUCAUUAGGAAAGAAAGGAAGCUGUCGUAUCAACCGCAAUGGCACUGGCACUGCAACGGGAAGCACUGCGAGAGACAGAGGAUCACCGCUGGGGUCCCAGCGGUGUCGUUAUGGACCUGCAGCAUGUCGUGCGGCUCGACGCAACUCUGGCCCCAGCCUUCGGGACCCGUCACCCUCGGCAGCAGGACAGCAACCUUCAACCACGAGCAGAUGGUGUUCAAGUCCGAAGCCAGAGAUCCAGCGGGCACGCUCAUACGCCACGCCGUCGAAAUAUUCAAGAAUAAAGUGCUGGACUACGUUCAAGACGUCAACUACACGGCGCACGAGACUGACGUAGGAAAGAUUUUAGUUCAUUUGCAUGUUCGACUGCCGGACGUGGCAAAACUAAGACUGGACACCGACGAGAGCUACCAUCUGACCGUCAAGUCGAAGACGAAAGAGAUCUACGUCAACAUCACCGCGAACACCUUCUUCGGAGUUCGCCACGGACUUGAAACGCUCUCGCAGCUGAUAUGGUGGGACGAAUACUCCAAAAACGGCAUGUUGAGGAUGAUCAAGAACGCAUCAGUCAAAGACUACCCCGCUUUUCCCUACAGGGGUCUCAUGCUGGAUACGGCAAGGAACUACAUGUCGGUGGACACCCUUAAACGAGUCCUCGUCGGAAUGUCCGCCAAUAAGCUGAACAUAUUCCACUGGCACAUCUCAGAUUCCCAGAGUUUCCCGCUGAUAUUACCGAGACUGCCGAAAUUCGCCAAAGUAGGAUCUUACUCUCCAGACAUGACGUAUUCUCCAGAGGAUGUCAAGGACCUGGUGCUGUUCGCGCUGGUACGAGGCAUAAGGAUAGUCAUAGAAAUAGAUACCCCCGCUCACGCCGGAAGCGGUUGGACGUGGGGACCUGACGAGAACAUGGGUGAGCUCGCUGUGUGCGUCAACAAGCAACCCUGGAUGUUGUACUGCGGGGAACCCCCUUGCGGCCAAGUGAAUCCAGACAAUCCGAAGGUUUACGAGGUGCUCGAGACGCUCUACAAGGACGUGUUGGACAUGACGAAAGAAGACGAACUGUUCCACAUCGGCGGCGACGAGGUGAACCUCGAGUGUUGGCAGGAUAGCUUGAGCGUCGCCACCCAGAAGAAAUACGGCGAUUUUCACGAUCUCUGGGGUGAUUUCACCCUGAAAGCCCUGGACAGUUUGAAGAAAGCGAACGGGGGCAAAGUCAUCCCAUACGUUUUAGUAUGGUCCAGCAAUCUCACGAAAAGACCGUACGUGAGCAAGUAUUUCAACAAGAGCAAUAUCGUAGUACAAAGUUGGGGAUCUAGUCAGUGGCCCGAUACCAUCGACCUCAUACAGGACGGCUACAAAGUGAUUAUAUCCCACGUGGACGCCUGGUACCUCGACUGCGGCUUCGGUCGUUGGAGGGAGACCGGAGACGCGGCCUGUGAUCCUUACAGGACCUGGCAGACGGUCUAUAACCACCGUCCUUGGAUACAACAGGGUAUAAACAAGAAGCAGGUGAUGGGAGGAGAGAUUUGCCUGUGGAGCGAACAAGUGGACGAAACUUCCGUGGACGCCAGACUAUGGCCAAGGGGUGCCGCUUUUGCGGAACGUAUGUGGAGUGAUCCCGCCUUAGACAUGAACACUUUCAGUAUAACCGAAGACGUUUAUUUGCGGCUGAACAGCCAGAGAGACCGUUUGGUGGCAAAAGGACUCAGGCCGGAAGCGAUGUGGCCGCAAUGGUGCCUUCAGAACCCAGGGAUGUGCCUUUGACGAAAAAUUGCGUUGUUGUACAUAGGUAAUAUUUUUAUAUACUGUGCACGGUGAUACUAGUUUAAUUUGUAUUAUAUGUAACUAUUUAACGAGCACGUUUGUACAUUUUCCACAUUUUAGCGGUAAUUCUCGAAAUAUAUAUCUUAUUCUAAGUAA